CCGUGCAGACCAUUUGUGCUGAGCUCAAUUCAGCUUCGGCAGCCUGCGGCUAUUUUACAGUUUAACAACUGCACUAAUUUGCGUCGAACUGUCCAAAAUAUCUGUUUAACUGCGGCAUUAAUCUGUACCUGACUCUCAAUUGUACUUAGUAACUUUCCGGGGGCAAAUCGGUCGCAUCUGAUAGGCCCGAUUACAUAAAUUGUACACCUCCAGGCUGCCGUGGAAUAGGGAGGCUUUCUGCAGCCCGUUGUGAGAUGUCAUUUGUACCAGGAACAGCAAGCUUUUGAAUGAAAAUCGAAACAUAAUCAACGUUUAUACUUAGAAAAUUUAUUGAUAUCAUUUUCUUCGCAACUCAAACCUACAUGCAAAUCAGCCAACGCCACUGCCUCGGCAGCAGAUCAAUACAGGUUUACGGGACGCCGAGAAUGCAUUCAGCCCGUGCAUGCUCAGGGAAAACGACUGCAGAACAAAGCCACAACAAUUUACGGCGCCUCACACUCCUACAAGCGAUUGUAAGUAAGUUUCUUUCCUUUUUUUAUGAACGCAGAAUGAGCAACAAAGACGACAUCACAAAGUGUUCCCCUGCCCCGAUCUCCAGCUUUACGAUACAGUCCAUACUUGGGACCUCGUCGGAGGAAGAACGCACAGGUUGCAAUGACAAUGCAAAGGUAAAUGCGAGGAAGCGCUGUUUGUCCGACUCCUCGGACGAAGAGUUAACCGAGGAAGGAUACAAAGACCUCGCCUGCUUCUGUUCUGACUCUGGCCCCACAGAGCCCUGUCGCAGACACCAGACUAUCAGCUACACUUGUGUGAGUAAUACUAAAGGAGUUGGCACCGCUGGCCAGGAAAGUGCGGAGAGGAGGCAGCAGCAGUACCUGUCACAAGAUGGUCAGGUUUACAAGGAAGAGAAAGAGAAAAAUUGCAUGCAGACAUCAACAGACAGACAGAGAGAGGGAGACAGACAAGGGAAUCCGACCAAGAAGAAAACUCGCACUGUUUUCUCUCGCAGCCAAGUCUACCAACUAGAAUCCACUUUCGACAUGAAGCGUUACCUUAGCAGCUCGGAAAGAGCCUGCCUCGCUACCAGCCUCCAGCUUACAGAGACCCAGGUCAAAACCUGGUUCCAGAACCGCAGGAACAAGUGGAAGCGACAGCUCUCAGCAGAACUCGAGGCAGCCAACAUGGCCCACGCGUCAGCGCAGACUCUGGUCGGAAUGCCUCUCGUUUUCAGAGACAAUUCCCUUUUGAGGGUUCCAGUCCCCAGAUCAAUUGCAUUCCCAGCUCCUUUGUACUACCCAGGCAACAACCUUACAGCUCUUCCCUUCUACAAUCUCUACAACAAAAUCGAAUACUGACAUUUUCUGCUCCACGUCUCUUUAUAAUUGUUUAACAAUUAAAUUGUAUAUUUAUAUAAUAUCCGUAUCUGUUUAAAAUAUAUCUUUCUUAUAUGCAGCCACUUGCAUAAUUAUAAAGACAAUGUGCUUCUCUAUAAAUUGUAUUAAAUAUACCGUGUAUAUAUGGA